AUGGCCGGUGACGAAGCGACCAACGUCGAGCUCAACUCCCUUUCAACAAUUGAGGAUGUAGAAGCUACAGCAAUGCAUUUGCUUUCUCCCAAAGCUCUGGCAUAUUAUGCUUCAGCGACUGAUGAUGAAAUCACGAAAGCCGCCAACCACAGAAUUUAUCAACAAAUCUUUCUAAGACCUCGAGCGUUACGCGACCGCCAGACUCCUGACUUGAGCACGAGCUUUUUGGGCCAUAGAAUAGGGAUUCCUAUCUACGUAUCUCCCGCUGCAAUGGCAAGGCUUGCUCACUCCGACGGCGAGGCUGGAAUUGCAGCAGCUUGCUCGAGCUUUGAUGCUCUGCAAAUUAUUUCACAUAAUGCAUCUAUGACACCAACAGACAUUGUGAGAGCAGGAAAGCCCGGUCAGAUUUUCGGAUGGCAACUUUACGUGCUCAAAGAUCUACCAAGAACAGAGUCCAUCCUCGCCCGAAUACGACAAAUACCAGAAAUCAAGUUUCUUGUUCUUACUCUCGAUGCUCCGUUCCCCGGUAAAAGGGAAACAGAUGAACAGUUCAAGAUGCGAGAAGUUGUUGCCGGUGUUCCACCCCCAGUUUGGGGAACUGAAGCUGGUUUGACGUGGGAGAAGACACUAAAAUGGCUGACCCAGCACACUUCUUUACCCAUCGUCCUGAAAGGAAUCCAAACACAUGAGGAUGCGUGUAUGGCCACUCGUUACCCUUGCGUAAAGGGCAUUAUCCUCUCAAAUCAUGGAGGAAGAGCGCUGGAUACAGCUCCCACCCCAGUGCAACUUCUCAUGGAAAUCCAAAAAUUUUGUCCUGAAGUAUUGCAACAUCUCGAUGUUCUAGUGGAUGGCGGUAUCAAGCGAGGUACGGAUGUGGUCAAGGCUUUGGCCCUGGGUGCAAAGGCGGCAGGGAUUGGAAGACUUCCAUUAUAUGGUCUUGCCGUCGGUGGCCAAAAUGGAGUGGAGAAAACACUUGAGAUUUUGGCCGACGAGACCAAGGCCGCAAUGACCCUUUUGGGUGUACGACGUGUUCGGGACCUCAACAUGAGCCAUAUCAAUGCUAGGGCAUUGGAAUCGAUUCUCUACGACGGACCGGCCGGGACCAUGUAUGAUGUCGAAAGACAGCUGUCGAAAAUAUGA